ACCGCUGAAUAAAAGAUCACACCUAAGAUGGCUCGGUCAAAAUGACCGCUGACAACGAAAUGACAAUUCGCCGAGAAGAUGGCUAGAAGCUUCCUGAAAUCGAACCCGCAAAUCGAAGCCGACAGGCGCCUGCUGCAGUUCGAGCGGUACGACGACUACCUGGACUCCCUGCUGACGCACCAGGACGAGUGCUUCCUGCAGAGCAUCGAGGUGAGCCGGACGAUCGCCGAGCUGGGUUACAGGAGCUCCGGUGAGACGCUGAACAAGGCGCAGUUCGAGAAGCGAUUGGCGGCCGUUUGGAACUACCUGUUUCCGCCGUACAAGCCGUACGAAUUGUCCAGCGAGACCAUCAUCGGGGAGGAUUCGUUGCAGAUCGAUCUGGCGCUGAGGGAGCGACCUAAUAGAGUCGGGAUUCUGUCGACCAUCAUCUUCCUCAAGUACGUCACCAAGUCGGGUUUCGAGAUAUCCGGGUACAUUGAUUACGCCGAGAAAUUGGCUAAUGUGGAUUGGAAGCCGUUCUUUAGAGGUAAGAAACGAAUCGUACCGAAACCGAACGAUCUGGGAUACUACCACUGGAAGACUGGCAAAGUGGUGAGCAACGAUUCGUUGAAUUACAAAGUGCACCAGGACCCUCGCAAGGGGUUGAUCUUCCAGAAUCGCUUCGAUAGGAAGCUGAUCGAUCCGGCUCCGGGUCGCGAUCCCGGCCCGAAUUCCAGCAGGAAGCGCGUCUACUCCGAUCUCUACGAGCUGGUCAUACUCUUCGAUCACUUCGUCAGACAGAGAAUAUGAUACUUUUUCAAUAAAGUUUUUUUGCCUACAUCGACCCGGCCAUUUUUCGAUUUCCCAACGAGAAACCGAAUCGCAUCGAAACCUUACACUUACACCGACAUAUCUCAUUACACGAGAUCGCGUUGGUAUAUAAACCGACGCGUUCCCGACCAACUUCACCAUCACCAGAAGGCCCAGCAAGAUGUUAAGAGCUCUCCUUCUCGUCGCCUUGUGCUCCAUGUGCUCCGCCAAGCCAGGCCACAUCGCCCCAGCAGUUGGUGGAAUCGUCGCAGCUGCUCCAUUGCAACUCAAUUCGGCCAUUAGUACUCAAUCCAGAGUGGAUUAUCGUACUCCUGUUGUGGCCUCUUCGGUUGUAGCCGCCGCUCCGGCUGUUGCAGUUGGACACGUCGGUGGAAUCGGAGCUGGAUAUGGAGGAGUUUUGACUGGAAAUGGAGCGGUUUUGACAGGAAUUGGUGGAAUUGGAGGUGGAUACGGAGGAAUUGGACUCGGUUAUGGUGGAAUCGGAGCUGGAAAUGGUGGAAUUGGACUCGGUUAUGGUGGAAUCGGAGCUGGAAAUGGUGGUGUCGGACUCGGUUAUGGUGGAAUUGGAAUAGGACUUGGUCAUUGAGUUCGAAAUUGGAAGGAUAUGAGCGGAAAUAAGUAAUAAUAA